GUGGCCAACUACCGUCCACCAGCACUAGGUGGCCAGGACUACCGUCCAGUAGCCCUAGGUGGCCAGGACUACCGUCCACCAGUACUAGGUGGCCAGGACUACCGUCCACCAGCACUAGGUGGCCAGGACUACCGUCCACCAGCACUAGGUGGCCAGGACUACCGUCCACCAGCACUAGGUGGCCAGGACUACCGUCCAGUAGCACUAGGUGGCCAGGACUACCGUCCAGUAGCACUAGGUGGCCAGGACUACCGUCCACCAGCAUUAGGUGGCCAGGACUACCGUCCACCAGCACUAGGUGGCCAGGACUACCGUCCACCAGCACUAGGUGGCCAGGACUACCGUCCACCAGCACUAGGUGGCCAGGACUACCGUCCACCAGCACUAGGUGGCCAGGACUACCGUCCACCAGUACUAGGUGGCCAGGACUACCGUCCAGUAGCACUAGGUGGCCAGGACUACCGUCCAGUAGCACUAGGUGGCCAGGACUACCGUCCAGUAGCACUAGGUGGCCAGGACUACCGUCCACCAGUACUAGGUGGCCAGGACUACCGCCCAGUACCACUAAGUGGCCAGGACUACCGUCCAGUAGCCCUAGAUGGCCAGGACUACCGUCCACCAGUACUAGGUGGCCAGGACUACCGUCCACGAGCAUUAGGUGGCCAGGACUACCGUCCACCAGUACUAGGUGGCCAGGACUACCGUCCACCAGCACUAGGUGGCCAGGACUACCGUCCACCAGUACUAGGUGGCCAGGACUACCGCCCAGUACCACUAAGUGGCCAGGACUACCGUCCAGUAGCCCUAGAUGGCCAGGACUACCGUAGUGGCCAGGACUACCGUCCACCAGUACUAGGUGGCCAGGACUACCGUCCACCAGCACUAGGUGGCCAGGACUACCGCCCAGUACCACUAGGUGGCCAGGACUACCGUCCACCAGCCCUAGGUGGCCAGGACUACCGUCCACCAGCCCUAGGUGGCCAGGACUACCGUCCACCAGCCCUAGGUGGCCAGGACUACCGUCCACCAGCACUAGGUGGCCAGGACUACCGUCCACCAGCCCUAGGUGGCCAGGACUACCGUCCACCAGCCCUAGGUGGCCAGGACUACCGUCCACCAGCACUAGGUGGCCAGGACUACCGCCCAGUACCACUAAGUGGCCAGGACUACCGUCCAGUAGCCCUAGAUGGCCAGGACUACCGUCCACCAGCCCUAGAUGGCCAGGACUACCGUCCACCAGCCCUAGGUGGCCAGGACUACCGUCCAGUAGACUACUAG